AUGAACUUGUUUUCUACAAUUGUUAAAGUUCUUGUGAUGAUUGGGAAGAAUGGCUCUAACUCGGAUGAUAAGGUAAAAGCUCAAGGCAUUUUGUACUCACUAGAGUCAUUUAAUUUUGUGUUUUUGGCACAUCUAAUGACUACUAUAUUUGGGUACACUAAUGAUUUGUGUCUUGCUUUGCAAAGAAGAGAUCAAGAUAUUAUUAGGGCUAUGAGACUUGUCACUUUGACCAAAGUGACAUUACAGAAAAUGAGAGACAAUGGAUGGGAGACUCACUUGAAUAAGGUAAUCUCAUUUUGCAAUAAUAAUGAGAUUGUUGUUCCGGAUAUGGAGGCUUGUUAUAUCCCUCAAGGAAGAUCAAAGCGGUUUGCUCAACAAGUUUCAUAUCUUCAUCAUUUUCGGGUUGAUGUGUUUAUAGAGGUAAUUGAUUUACUACUUCAAGAACUUGACAACCGAUUUGAUGAGGUCAAUAUGGAGUUGCUCAUAUGCAUGGCUUCAUUAAAUCCUAAAGAUGGCUUCUCUUCUUAUGACAAGGAAAAGGUACUCAAACUUGCAACUUUUUAUCCCUCUAAAUUUUCAAGCAUUGAUUUGUCAACUCUUGAAUGUCAACUUGAUAUAUUCAUGGAAGAUAUGAGGAGAGAUGAUAAGUUUAAAAAUUUGGAGGAUAUUAGUUCUCUUUCUAUGAAGUUUGUUGAAACAAAGAGACAUAUGACUUAUCCUCUAGUGUUUUUGCUAAUUAAGUUGGUGUUGAUUCUUCCGGUUGCCACUGCAAGUGUGGAGAGAGUGUUUUCUGGAAUGACUUAUGUCAAGAAUAAGUUGCGAAAUAGCAUGGGGGAUCAAGUAUUAAAUGAUUGUUUUGUCACUUUCAUUGAGAAAGAUAUGUUUCUACAAGUUUCCGAUGAUGAGGUCAUCAAACGCUUUGAAGAAAUGAAGACUCGUCGGAAGAUAAACUAG